CCGCUCGAUCGCUGAGCUCAGUUUAGUUUGGACAAUCGAAUUGAACGGAAUGAAACGCGCGAAUAUUUUGCUGAGCUGCAUCGGCUUUUGCCUAUUGGCCCUGGAGCCGGGCUGGGCGACGAGCAGCAGCAGCGGCAGCGAUAACGGACCCAGCGUCGCAAUCACCAGACAAGCCAUUGAGCUGGGCCUGGAGCCAUCGGCAUUGGGGGAACUGUGGCGCACCAAGCAGCCGCUGAUUAUCAGCAAGCCGGACGCACUGGGUCAGCUGUAUACGACGACUUACGAGCUUUCGCCGGAUGGCCAACAUAUAACCAGCUCCACCGUCAAAGAGGAUCAGCCACAGCUGCCGACAACCACGAGCACAAGCACAAGCACAAGCACCAGCACCAGCACAAGCACGGUCAGUCCGCCAGCUGCAGUGCAGCCAACGAAUCCGCAGACAGACUGGGAAUAUGUGCCCUCUAAUCGUCGCAACUUUGUGUUGGGCAACAGCUCGCCAUUUGGCGCCAAUUGGCCAGACUUUGGUAGCGCCUUUCCGCAAUUUCACAGCAGCAGCGGCAACAAGUGGCCCAGCUUUGACUUUCCAGCGGGCAUAGAACCACAAACAACCACCAAAACGGAGAAGGACGAUCAGGGACGCACAGUAACCACGACGAUCAAGACCUAUAAGACACCUGCCAGCAAUAGCUGGUCAACGGGCACGGAUCUGUCAGCGAAUUGGCCAAGCUUUGAGCUGCCAACGGGUGCGACACCACAAACGAGCACCAAAACGGAAAUCGAUGACCAGGGACGAACGGUGACCACCCUGACGAGAAGCUAUAAGAGUCCCAUUUUUACAACAUGGUCAACGGGCAAUGACAAUGUCGGAGGUUUGCCCGCCAGCUGGCAGCCAGCCACCAAUCCGUGGUUCCACAAUCCUCACUUCGUUAAUGGCAUAGCAGCUGGUGAUGUGCCCAGUUCUGCGAAUCCCGUGCCCACUCCGCUGCCCUUGCCCACGCGACCAACUUUCAUUCCCAGUCAGCCACCGCUGCCGACAGCACCGCCUGCAGUUGGGGUCUUCGAGCUGCGCACCACCACGCCGCUGCCUGCAUUUGAGGAUUUCCUUAAGCAGACGGGCGGCGAGUCGACGCCCCAGACUGUGGCCACCAUCAACAUUGACGAGCUGCCCGUGAGUACGAGAACACGGAUAACCAACUAUGGCGGCACCUUUAAUGGCGCCGCACCACCGAAGGUGGCAGACCUCGAGCCACAGGUUAGGGAUAUGCUCAAUCGCGGCGGUAUCACCGACGAGGAUAUACAAAAUGCCCAGGCGCUGGGCAACGAUGUGACACGCACUCGUGUCCUGCCCGACGGACGGAUUGUGAAGACGACGAUGCGCGUGAACAAUUGGAGGCCAGAAGCUGCUGCUGCUGCUGCUGCUGCUGCUGCUGCUGCACGUCCGCUGCAGCGUGAUAAUUCAAUAGAAAACUUCCUGGCGCAGGUGAAUCUAACGCCAGCGGAUAUACAGGCCCAAAACGGGGAGCUGAUCAAGACAAUUGUCGACCAACAUGGACGCGUUCUCAGCGCCAGAUUUGUGCUGAGCACCGUCAAGGGCGAAGAGCAGCCGGGUCAGGGUCUGGGACAGGCGGAGCAUCCAACCAAAUAAAAUGCGUAAUGCGGAAAAGGAAAACUAAGUUAAGUCAAUUGAUGAAACGUUUGUAUGCACGUACAUCUAUCUAUACAUCUAUGUGUACGUCUACGUCGCAUAAAUAUAAAUGGAAAAAUUGUGAAAAAUUUAUAAAUAAAUGUGUACACAUAAACUUGUAUCAAUAAA